GGUCUAUAGUUAUCGAUGUACUGUAUCAGUGUUGCGAGUGUCAUUGCGAAUGACAGCGACGAGUCGGCAGAGUUUGCACUCGCGACAGCGCCGAUUGUUUAUUAUGGCGAUGCGAACGUGAAUAUCGGCGAGCCAUUUUCGAUAACCUGUGUCAUACCGAUAACCGAGAAGAUACACUGGCUGAAGAAUGGCGAGUCGAUAACACGGCACAAUUUGCGGCACGGCCACGACGAGCACGCGUACACGCUCUCGGAGAGCGCCAUUGAGGGCGAGAAGCACAAAAUCGAGGCACAUCUGAAGGUGCGGCACGCUCUCAAGGUGCACGAGGGCCGUUAUCAGUGCAACAACAACAAUUAUCGGCACAACAGCGGCUACCACAUGCUGCACGUGCGCAGCAAGCAGCAGCAGCAGGAGUCGCCCACAGAGAGCGGCUAUCGGACCAUAGACGAGCUGACGCCCAGCUCGCCGGACGAGAUCUUUACGCGCACGUGGCAGGAGCAGCAGCAGCUGCCGCAGCUGCCGGCAGCGCCCACGCAUAAGCAGCACAAUCAGCAGCAGCAUCUGGGCAACGCCAGCAUCGGCUAUGGCAGCCAUUUUGGCUUUGGCUAUGAGCCGCCGGCGCCGACGCGUAAAUACAACGAUCUGACCACGCUGCCGUGGCACGCAACGAGCGCGGGCCAAGGCGUCGGCGGCGGCAUGGGCUCCAUUCAUCGCAUUUAUUCGGCCACGCCACCCGAUUUCCCGCCGCCUCGUCUCACUUUGCUGGAGCAUACGGUGGCGCCACCCGAGCCGCCCACCAUACAGCUGUACAAUCAGACGCUGCCGCAUUAUCGCCACCCGUCGUCAAUGGACACUGCCACCGCCACCGCCACCGCUGCUGCCGCUGCCUCUGCCACAGUCGGCAGCAGCACCGCCACGGCGCAUCAUCAUGCGCACCAUCAGCAGCAGCAGGUGCAGCAGCAGCUACAGCAGCAGCAGCAUGCACUUAACGCUUUUCAACUGCCGCUGCCACCGCAGCCACAUCAGCCGACUGCGCAGCAUCCAGCGCAGCAGCAUUACAAUGAAAAAUAUCAGACGUAUGCACCGCAAUUUAUACCGCCAGCGUUGGGUGGUGGUAGUACCGUUACAGCAGCGCCCACCGCGCUGACCACCAGCUACAACAGCAACAACUUCGGGUUAAUGCAGCAGCAGCCCAAGACGUUCAUGCCUAUUAAAAAGGGGCCAGAUUCCUUGGUGCCAAAUUAUGACCAUGUGGAGCGUCAAAUGAGAUUUUACGAUAUCCGAACGCCGCUUGUGCUCAGCUGCAAUGUGAAAAAUGUGGAGUCCGAUGAUCCACUCAUAUGGAAAAAGGAUGGCGUCAAUGUGACGGACGUGCUAAGUCUGAGAGGUCGCUUCAAACUGAUCCAUCCCGAAAGAAAGUUCAUAAUUGACAGAGCGGAACCUCACGACGACGGCCUCUAUACUUGUGAGUUCAAGGGCGUGUCCAGAGAUAUUCACGUGAUCGCUCGCGUGGUCGUACGAGUGCCUUCAAAUACUGGUGUUGUCGAGGGUGAGAAAAUGAUGAUCCCCUGCACAGUUGUCGGUAGCAAUCCCCGAUUGUCAUGGAGCUUUGGCAAUUACACAAAUAUAACAAACAGCACAGAUCGUUAUAUACUAAAAUCGGAUGAUAAUAAAAUUGAGAAUGCAAUUCUAAUGAUCGAGAACGUGACCCUCGACGACAGAGGCGAGUUCAAGUGCCACGGACGUAACGAGGCCAAUGACUUUGGCAAUAGCACCGUUGCCACCGAUUUUACAACCGUUCGUGUUAAGGGCAAAUUCGCCGCCUUGUGGCCUUUCCUGGGCAUCUGCGCCGAGGUCCUGAUUCUCUGCCUCAUCAUUCUCAUCUACGAGAAGCGACGCAACAAGAGCGAGCUGGAGGAGAGUGAUACUGAUCCCCAAGAACAGUAAGUUGCCAACGACAACAACAACCACACAAGAAAUCAACAACAACAACAACAAGCAGUCCACAACAACAACAAACAACAACACCAAAUAAUUGUAACAACAUUUUGAAAUGCAGCAAAAAAUUUACACUUUAGUUAAUAAAACUGCAAAUUAAAGACGUUUGAAGCUGCAUUCGCAAAUGCGCAACAAACAAACAACACACACACAA